AUGGCCUUAGAGGACCUGAUGCUGGUGGCUCUCAACGUGUAUUCUCGGCUAAGCGAGCGUGAUGCAAAUGACUACCAGCAAGUAAAGGAAGCCCUGCUACAGCGCUACGGUUUGACGGCGGAGGGCUACCGCCGUAAGCUCCGAGAGAGCGGACCCGAGCCGGAUGAGAGCCCACCUCAAUAUCUGGAGCGGCUGACGGGCUACCUGCGCCGUUGGGCUUACGGUUCAGCAACUGCGCUACCGACGGCGGUCCAAGAUGGUUGCGUCUUUUGUGGGUACCCUCAUCCAUCGGAAGAGUGUAGGAAGACGCGGGACCUCACGCCGGCUGAGCGACGAGAGCGCUUGAUGCGCCGAGCGGGGUGCUUCUGGUGCCUGAAGCCGGCCUCUCACCGAGCAGUUGACUGCCGCCAGGGCCUGGCGCGCUGCUCGAUCUGUAAUGGCAAGCACAAUCCCCUGCUAUGCGACCGGUCGUCUGUGCCAGCAGCAGCGAGGGGCAGCCAGUCGAGCAGCGGCACGUCACCCGCUCAAUCAGCCACGGUGACGGCGGCCAGUCGCACAGCCACCGAACCUGACCGUGUCGUGCUCAUGCAGACGGCCAAAGUGGAGGCAUCUGGACUGAAGAGCACGUGCCGCGUGCGAGUCAUGUGUGACUCAGGCAGCAACGCCACCUUCAUCAGAUCUGACACAGCACACAUGCUGGGCUGUCGGAUUCAGACAAGACAACCGCUCCAGGUGAGCACAUUCGGAGGAGGAAAGGCGUCGCAUCAGCUGAGUGAGAAGGUGGAAGUGGGACUGACCACACAGGAUGGGUCACUGCUACGUGUCGAGGCCUACAAGAUUCCCAAUAUAUGUGGCCCUCCGCCUGUCAUCGGCAUAGAAGAAAUACAGCUUCAUGAACACCUGAGAGGUCUGAAGCUGGCGGAGGAACCAGGUGCUGCGCUGGCCAGUGGUGGUGAAAUUGAGAUUCUCCUCGGCCAGGACGUCCUGCAGGACGUUUUUGACGGUGACAUGCGCGUCGGUCAGUCCGGGCCAAUGGCGAUCAGCUCGCGGUUUGGCUGGAUCGUAUGCGGGCGGUCAGGCUGCGCCACUCCAGCCCCACAAGAGAUGAUGGCCAACUUCGUGCACACGGAGACGGAGUCGGUGAAGGCGACGCUGGAUGACUUGUGGACGCUGGAAGGCAUCGGGAUCAGCAGUGAUGGUGUAGGAGAUGGCAGCGUGAAGAAAACGCAGGGAGCCGCUGCCCUGCAGCAGUUCAAUGAAACCUGCACCCGCCUUCCUGACGGGCGCUAUCAGAACCGUUGGCCAUGGAAACAUGACACCGGGGACCUCCCCUCAAACGAAGCCAUGGCGCUCUCUCGCCUGGAGGCGUGCGAGCGGAGCCUGAGGAAGACUGGAAAACUGAGGCAAUAUGACAAUGCAAUCCAAGACUACAUCGAUCAAGGUCACGCUGAAGAGGCACCCCAGAUCCCCACUGGGAAGGUGCAUCUACUCCCGCACCAUGCAGUCUUCAAGGGAGACAAGAUCAGGAUUGUCUUUGACGCUGCCGCUGGCCAUCCCAACUCGCUGAACGAUCACGUCCUCUCUGGUCCAAACAUGAUUGCUGACCUUACCGGAGUGCUGCUCCGAUUUCGAACGAGAAGGAUCGGAGUCACCGCUGAUAUUGAGAAGGCAUUCCUUCAGCUGGCUCUACAUCCUGAUGACCGGGAUGUCACGAGGUUCCUGUGGAGGAAGGAUGCCUCCGAUCUCCGCCCCACCACCUACCGCAUGACGCGUGUGGUGUUCGGAGUGACCACUUCGCCAUUCCUGCUUCAGGCAAGCGUACGUCAACAUCUGCAGCAGUAUGAGGAGGCAGACGGACAGCUGGUCGCUCGCCUGCGGCGCGACCUAUACUGUGAUGAUUUAAUCACCAGCGUGGAUACACAGGAAGAGGCUGAGGAGCUGUCACAGCGGACCCAAGAGAUCUUCAAUGAUGCCAAGAUGAAUAUGAGACACUGGACCUACAGCUUCGAGACGGACAAGGAGGCACACAAGCCUCUUGGCGAGGAGGCAACAGCUGAGCGUAAAGUGCUGGGCAUCUGCUGGAUCCCAGGGGACGAUCAGCUGGUGUUCAAAACUGCCUUUCUGACGCAGCUCGGUCGAGAAGCACCGGAAACGAAGCGGAACAUUCUAAGCGUCUCAGCGCGCUUUUACGACCCGCUUGGCCUUCUUGUUCCCUUUCUGGUUCGAGCGAAGCUUCUGCUGAAGAGAUUAUGGAUCGCUGGCCAUUCCUGGGAUCAGACGGUAGCCAGUGACGUGCGCAAGGACUGGAGAAAGUGGCUUCUGGAGCUGGAGCAGAUCGACGGUUUCCGCAUCCCACGUCCCUACGCGACCGGCGGGGACUGCGGCUAUCAGCUACACAUGUUCUGCGACGCCAGUAUGGAGGCCAUGGCAGCAGCUGUGUACGUCAAACCGGAAGACAACGCACGCGCGCCCACUCUGGUGAUGGCUAAGGCCCGUCUCGCCCCACGCCAAGCCAUGUCAGUGCCUCGUCUCGAGCUGACAGCGGCCGUGAUCGGUGCCCGGAGUACCGGCGGCGCAGCUGAGGAGCAGCCUCUGGCUGCAUGGCCCAGAGUGGCUGGAAGGCGACAAUUCAGUCUGGCCUCCGCAGACUCCGACAAGCAACGAGCCAGCCGAAUGUACAGUGGAAGCAAAGAAGAUGGCGCUCACAACGGUAGGAACUCGCGCCAGAUCAACUGGGAUCGGACAAGUGAUGGACAUCAACCGCUACAGCAGCUGGAGGAAGCUGAUAAGGAUCACCGCCUGGGUGCUAAGAUGGGCUCGAGGCCGCAGCUUGGCGACAAGCCUCAGCGGUCCUUUGUCGACAAGUGA